AUGGGAGUUGUCAUUGUCACUGUCUAUUUGUUGUCUUUCUCAUGGCUUCUAGGCUUUUGCAUAGAUGGAGAUGAAAAGUUGCUCAUCUACGAAUACAUGCCCAAUGGCGGCCUCGAUGUCUUCCUUGUUGAUCCUAGGAUGCGUGCUCAUAUGAACUGGAGCUGGCGUCUGAAUAUCAUCAAUGGAAUUGCAAGAGGAAUGCUAUAUCUUUAUGAGGAUUCUCGGCUUAGAAUCAUUCAUAGGGACUUGAAACCAAGCAUUGUGUUAUUGGAUAGGGAAAUGAAUCCAAAGAUCUUGGACUUUGGAAUGGCAAGGAUCUUUAGAGGAAGUGAUGAUGCUACCAACACUUCCAAGAUUGUUGGAACAUGUGGUUACAUGGCUCCAGAGUUUGCUAUGGAAGAACUAUAUUUCGUCAAAUCUGAUGUUUUCAAUUUUGGUGUCCUUUUGAUUGAGAUCAUAACUGGGAGGAGGAAUGCUAGUUUCCAUCUUACUAUGUGUGCCCCUAGCCUUAUAGCAUAUGUAAGCUUAUUCGACUUGAGUUAG